GGUAUUAAACUCCCAAUCUGUCCUUUUCCCCGUCGCCUUACUCCAAGGGUCGGGGGUGUGCAUAGACAGGUACAAAAUCUAUGCUUAAAACUUUCUUAAAAGAAAGUCCAUACUCACAUUUUUGGGGGUGGUUCACCUAAUCCAUCCACUUUUACGCCUACGGAUUUAUUUUAAAUUGUACAACCAACGUAACUUGAGCCAAGAUGAUUGACACAGUGACAGGACCCGGAACACUGCCUUUUGCAGUCCAGCUGAAGGCCUUAACAGACCUGGAGGGCCGCUACCAGCCAAAGCUCAGCGGUCUGAGGAUCAUUGAGAGCGCUUCGGACAAUGGGCUGAGGAUGACGAGCAGAUUGAGGGACCUGGAGGUGAAGGACUUGCUCACUCUGAGUAGGUUCUUUGGUUUCAGCUCUGAGACGUUUUCUCUGGCCAUCAGCCUGCUUGACCGCUUCCUCUCGGUCAUGAAGAUUCAACCAAAGCACCUGUCCUGCGUGGGUCUCUGCUGCUUCUACAUUGCUGUGAAGUCCUCAGAAGAGAAUAAGAACAUCCCCCUUGCCAACGACCUGAUCCGCAUCAGUCAGAACCGCUUCACGGUUUCUGACAUGAUGCGGAUGGAGAAGAUUAUUAUAGAAAAACUCAACUGGAAGGUCAAGGCCCCCACGGCCCUCCGCUUCCUUCGCCUCUUUCACAGCUACGUCCAGGAGCAACUCGGUGCAGACAGCGAGAAGAAACUGAGCCUUGAGAGACUAGAGACUCAAUUGAAAGCUUGUCACUGCUCCUUUGUCUUCUCCAAAAUGAAGCCAUCUCUGCUUGCCAUGGCUCUCCUGCGUCUUGAGGUGGAGGACCAACGUGACCCAGAGGAAAGGGACCAACUCUCAGAGGCUAUGGAAAGUCUACAGAAGCUACUGACUAUCAGAGAUGGCGAUCUCGUGUGUGUGCGUGAGUUGGUGGGCAAAUGCCUUGCUGAAUACUCCACUGCUAAGUGCUCCAGGCCGAACAGCCAGAGGCUUCGCUGGACCAUUUCGGGAAGAACCGCUCGCCAGCUGAAGCACAGCUACUACAAGAUCACUCACCUUCCUACCAUACCCGAGUCGGCUUGCUAAACUCUUAGCCGCCAUCUCGUCGCCUGUACCCCAGUCCCCUGUGAUUGGCUGUAACUUUUCAGGUGACUUAGCUUACUUUUUUUUUUUACUUAAAGAUCCUCAUCUGUGAGAUGGCGUUCUUUAAGUGAGAAGGCUUUCAUCAUGCAAUGUCAAGAAGCAGUAAAUUAGCCACAGCUUUUGUGCUCAGUUCUCCUUCCAAGGGUGUGUGAGUGCGACUACGUUCUCGUUUGAAUCCGUUCCACGGUGUUUGGUAUUUCCUGGAACGGGUUCCUGGUUUUAAGCUAAUAAGUAUUGAACCACCUAGGUCCUCAGUCCACCAUGUGGAAGAGGAGGGAGAAGGAUUUUGCGAAACAAAAAUAUGGAACCAAGAAAUCGGGCCCAAAGUCCUUAACUUCCACCCUAGGUUGCUAAGCUGUCUUGAAUGCACACUCCUACCCAAGGUGAUUUUUUUUUUUUUUUUCGUUAAUAAAGCACGUUGAAGGUA